AUGGCUGGUUCGAAAUUAGGCCAAUGGCUGUGUCUUAUUGUUUGCGUACUGAUAUUGCUCAAGACAGAAGGAGCUAGCAUUCCCAUUACUAUUGUCCAGAGUGCUGUUUCAAGAGGAGCUGUUUGCUUAGAUGGGAGUCCACCAGGUUACCACUUUGAGAAAGGAUCUGGUUCUGGGAUUGACAACUGGUUGGUUCACAUGGAGGGAGGAGGAUGGUGUGACAGUGUUGAGUCCUGUGUUUCUCGUAGGGACACUUACAAGGGCUCUUCAUUGAAAAUGGAGAAGACAAUGGGGUUCUCUGGCAUACUGGGCAGCAAGCAAGCAGCCAAUCCUGACUUCCAUAACUGGAAUAGAAUCAAGAUCAGAUACUGUGAUGGUUCAUCCUUUACUGGUGAUGUCGAAGCUGUCGAUCCGAAAACUAAGCUUUUCUUCAGGGGAGAAAGGAUUUGGCAAGCCGUCAUUGAUGAUCUAUUAGCGAAAGGAAUGAAAAAUGCUCGAAAUGCUAUUCUUUCUGGAUGUUCUGCUGGUGGAUUGGCUGCUAUUUUGCAUUGUGAUAAAUUCCAAUCCCUCCUGCCUGCAAGUGCUAGAGUAAAAUGCGUUUCUGAUGCUGGUUAUUUUAUUCACGGGACGGACAUUUCCGGAGGGUUGCCAAUUGAAUCCUUCUUUGGCCAAGUCGUUAAAACCCAUGGAUCAGCAAAGAAUUUGCCUGCAUCAUGCACUUCAAAAAUGAGACCGGAUUUGUGUUUCUUCCCACAAUAUGUGGCACAGACUAUGCGAACACCACUUUUUAUCAUAAACUCAGCCUACGAUUCCUGGCAGAUAAAGAACAUCCUUGCGCCAACCGCUGUUGAUUCCAAAAAAGAAUGGAAGAACUGCAAGCUUGAUUUGAAGAAAUGCUCAGCUAGUCAACUCCAAACCGUGCAAGGUUAUAGGACACAAUUUUUAAAAGCAGUGAAUACUGGACUCGGCAACUCUUCAUCAAGAGGAUUGUGGAUAGAUUCUUGCUAUGCUCACUGCCAAUCUGGGUCGGUAUCUACGUGGUUAGCUGACAAAUCUCCAGUUGUGGCCAAUACGAAAAUUGGGAAGGCUGUAGGAGAUUGGUUCUAUGACCGAAGUGCCUUCGAAAAAAUCGAUUGCCCUUACCCUUGCAACCCUACUUGCGUCAGUGGUGAUUCUGAAUCAUAA